CCUGCCCACUCCGACCACCCCAUUAGUCAAACAUCGAGUGACGAUAGAUUUUCCCCGGACAUCAGUGGUGGCGAUUUUAUUCAAGGGUAAAUAUUAAAUUUACAGUAUAAGUAUAAUGUAUUUUUCACAUAAAUAUCCGAAGCAGUAUCAAUCUUGCAGAUCAGUAAAUGAUAAACAAUUCGAUCUUUUUACUGUUUUUAAAUUUAUAUUCAUAAACUAACGAUAUCGAUGUUUUAUGCAUAAAAAGGGGAAGCUAUUUCAGAAAAGCACAUAAUGCAUUUAAAAAGAAAGCGGCGAUUGUUUAUUUCACUAUCUAGAAAGCUGCGGCUAAUGUCAGUUUACAAAUGGACGCCGGGUGUGGUGUCAAAUGACACAAAAUUUUUCUGUUAAAAUUUUUAAAGAUAAUUUAUAAAUAUGAAGCUACUCUUGUACCUAGUAUUGUUACAAAAUACUUGUAUUUUUGUACGUGCCACAAAUAGUGUCAAAAAUGUUAUAAAUGUUACAGAAACAAGGUGAUCAUUGUUUGUUGUCUUGAGUGAGGUUAUAAAAACUACCGCGAAUUUUGUAAAAUAAUGAAAGAUAAAAGAAUGUAACUGAUAUGUAUCAAAUAAAGAAUCGAGAAUAUAAAUUUGUGUGAUCUUAUUUUCAUUUUAAGACAUUUUAUUUCACGAAUCAGGACAUUCUAUCCGCUGAUAAUUGUAUUUGUUUAAGGUUAUGUUUUGAAGAAAACAAUCGUUUAUUUUCUUAAAAAUCAUGACAUAAAACGUUCACGCAAUGAAAUGACAAAUUGAUAUUUUUAUUUCGUGUGAAAAAUGAAUUUGUACAUGCCUGAAUUGUGGUAGAAAUAUGUCAUUCUCUGAAAUAAUGAAGCAAAACUUUUUGUACUCCUAACCUAUCAUUUUUAUUCUGUAAAUGUUUAUGUUACUGAGUGGAUAUAUUCAAAACUGCAUUGUACUGUCAACAGCAUUGGACCUGGAGAUGGAUUAGAUCUCUCAGGAACUGGAAUGUCAACGCCACACAUCUCUCAUCUGGCAUCAACGAAUCCAUUUAGUAUAUUAUCGCCAAGUCCACAACCAACUAGUUCACAAUCUAGCACUAUCGACGUUCAUACAAUCAGCGGCCUUAGAAACGUCAAUAUACAGUUACCUUCUGGGAGAAAAGACAAUCAUGAUGGAAAAUGUGAGGUGUAUGUAGGAAAAACAUGUGCACAAUUUUUAGGAAAUCAAUCCGUUUAUAUUCCAUAUCCAAUGACCCAAGAGCUACUCGACGAUAAACUGAUGAAAGCUUUUGGUGUUAUCAAAUACUCAAACGAGGUCUCGUCGAAUUGCGAGGGAUAUGCAAAGCCAUCGCUAUGUUACUCCGCAUUCCCAAUAUGUCGUGAUCCUGCCAGUAUUCUUAAACUUAAGAAUUCCGAAGCUAGCGCAAGUUUAUUUCACUUCCUGAAUUCAAACCAGGGUGAUUUGUCAAGAGAUACGAGUGAUGGGGAUGAUACCGAUGACAUUACAGGAGCUCACGGUAUUCCCAGAAAACGUAGUCCAACGUUAGGCCCUGGCUCAGAAUUCAAUCCGUACAAAGAUGGGAAAGCUUCCAAUAAAAAGAUAAUAAACCAAAGCUAUGGAGAAAUACAGUCGUCUAAUAGACUCGAAAUCAAUCGUAAAUUAAGGAGGAUUUGCCGACAAGAAUGUGAAAUGCUAGAAAACGAUUUAUGUAAGAAAGAGUAUGCAAUUGCUAAAAGACAUCCACUGAUUGGACAUCAAGUGCCUUUAGUUGAUUGUUCUGAUUUACCGAUGGAAGAUACCCCCGAGGCUCGUGAUUGUUUAAGUCUUGGAAUUUCCUCGGGAAACAACGUACAGGAAAAUGAUUAUUGUUACUGGGGAAGCGGAAAGUCUUAUCGUGGUAUCGUGAAGACAAGUAUUAGCGGAAGACCGUGUAUGCAGUGGUCACAUGGUGAAUUCAAUCUUCAAAUCUCCGAUUAUCCGGAAUUAGCUGGAAAGCAUUCGUAUUGCCGUAACCCAGGCGACAAAGAACUACAACCGUGGUGUUACGUUUAUGUCGAUAGUAAACCGCAAAAAGAAUUUUGUAAUAUACCUAAAUGUGUUGAAAACUUAUGGAUCUAUGCAGUCGUUGGUUUUGUACUAACAGGGGGAUUUGUUGUCAUAUUGGUCUGUUAUUGCUGCUGCUACAGAAGCAGGAAGUCUAGAAGGCAAAUGAAUCAUUUGCCAUCGAAUAAAAUGUUAACCGGUAUACAAUGUGACAAAAAUAUAUAUGAUGGAAGACGAAGCACGACACAACCUAUGGAAAUGAGCUCUCUUUUAGCUGGUCCUGGUAACACGACUCCGGGAACAGGAACAUUAAGUAGCGGCAGUAGUCGGACGUCCAAUAAUAGAGUGCCACAGUUUACUACCAAUAACGUUCUAUCGGCGCCGAUAUACAAAUGCGAUCCGAAGGACAUGAACUUCAAAGGGAACACGGAGCAACCGCCGUUCUGCAACCUAAACGACCAUAGCAACGGGAUCAAAAUGCUACCGCCGAGCUUUCAAAACACGAAUUCCGUCGAGCAGAGGCCAAACUGCGGCUUCAACGAACACGGCACGCCCAUAAAGGCCAGCAUUUAUCCGAGUCAAACGACAAACAUCAAUUUGAACGACUUUGAUGACAAACAGUGCUGCUCGCCAAAACUGAGCGGAGCGAAGAAAGUAUUGCCUCCGGCACCACAGCCGAUGAACAAAAUAAACACGCCUAAUGGAACCAGACCAAUGCAAAAUGGAGCGCAAUUAGUUGUCAGGUUACCAGACCCCAGUAAGGUCACGACCGAGACCAGGGUAUCGAAG